AUGUACUCAUCCCUUGCUUUCCCCAAACCAGGAUUUUCCAUUGCCAGUUCUUGUGAAGCUGUGAGGAAGAGGAAGAUGUCCCGGGACACUGAGGCAGAGCAGGAGCUGAGCAUGGAGAGCAGGGAGGACAAAUCCCCACAGCAGAACCUCGUGGCAGAGGCCGUUUUGUGCGGCUCCACUGUGAAGGAACCCAACGGGGAGGAAAAGCCCCGGAGAUGCCGCACCAGGAGGGGCUGCAAACGCAGAUCGCGGGGAUGAGGGGAAAGACCCAGCCUGGGCCGGGAAGGUGGCCGGAGAUGGAGCCAGAGCUCGGAGCUGGUGGACCAUGAGCAGCUCCAUGAUGGGGAGAAGCCCCACACCUGCAUGGAGUGUGGGAAGAGCUUCAGGUGGAGAUCCAGCCUGAUCCAGCACCAGAGGACCCACACUGGGGAACGGCCCUACGAGUGUGAUCAGUGCAGGAAGAGGUUUCAGACCAGCUCCCAUCUCCUCCUGCACCGAUGCAUCCACACUGGCGAGAGGCCCCACAAUUGUGAGGAAUGUGGGAAGAGAUUCAGCCGGAGCUCCACCCUGAUCCAGCACCAGAGGACCCACAGAGGAGAGAGGCCCCACGAGUGUGGGGAGUGUGGGAAGAUCUUCAGCCGGCGUUCCAGCAUGAUUGUCCACCAAAAGAUCCACACUGGGGAGAGGCCCUAUGAAUGUUCUGAGUGUGGGAAGGGGUUUUGGAUCCACUCCCAUCUUUUCCAGCACUAUCAGAGCCACACAGAGGAGAGGCCCUUCUGCUGCCCCGACUGUGGGAAGGGAUUCAGGGAGAACUCUGAUCUUGUCACUCACCGGCACAUUGACACCGGGGAGAGGCCCUACGAGUGUCCCCAGUGUGGGAAGAGCUUCUCCAGCAGCUCUCACUUGACCCAACACCAACGGAGGCACCGCUAAGGGAAGCCCUGCGAGUGCCCCGAGUGCGGGAAGAGCUUUGUGUGCUGCUCCAGCUCCA